AUGGUGGAAGAAAGAUCAAAUAUGAGCGAGUUGGGAAAAUCAAACAAGUUCCUAAGAGACGCUGCAUACAAUUUCAUAACAGCAGGAAUGGACUCUACAAGCGUUAACCUCACAUGGUUUUUAUGGCAUAUCUCGACACAUUUGUCGGUCGAAAACAAGAUUUUGGAAGAGAUAGAAGCCAAUUGUCCAAAAAGAAUUGAUGGGGAGAUAGUGUAUUUUAGUGGGGAAGAGCUUAACAAGUUCGUUUAUGUACAUGCUGCAAUGUGUGAGACAAUGAGACUGUAUCCAACAUUACCUUUGAACAACAAAUCGUCGGUCGAAUUAGACGUUCUUCCCAAUAGCGGUCGUAUCGGUCCAAAGCACGAGGAUGCUUAUAUCAAUGCACUCCAUGGGAAGAAGUGA